GGGACAGGGCUGUAGGAUUCCCUGCCCCAGCCCAGCAAUGAAAGUAGUCAAGCUAUUGAAUGGGCCACCUACAGAGGUCAGGCAAACUACACUGAACAGCCCGGGUGCAGGAAAGCAAUAGUAGUUCCCAGAGAUGGGAACAACCCAGCCAUGACGAUAGAGGCGAACAGGCAGCAGAGGGGAGCAGCAGCUCAAGCCCUCAACCUGCUGUGUACAGAAAGCAAAGCUGGAGGCUGAAACAAGAUCCGGGCUCCAGCAAAAUGGACGAUUUCCAAGUAUUUGGAAAGCUUCAGGCAGCUGUGGGGAGGAAGAGCACUCUCAUAGCCCGUGACCACGAGACGGACACGAAAACAAGGUCUCCUCCAGAACAGAAAGGGCAUUGAGGCUUUGACAGAGCCUGGAGGGCACGGGUGGCACUGGCCGGGCACGCUCUGCAAGCUCCCACUGCUAAACAUGUUUGAGGAAAGUCCUCCUUCAAGGUACUUGACAAGCCUUGCCCACCCCGAAGACUCCCAAGGAGCCACCGCAGCUGUAAGUCAUGUUUUGCAGGAUCAGCAAAACACAGGACACAUCCCCAUGGACAACAGCGACAGUGACCUGCCAGCAAACCCAACCUCCCUACAGCAGCACCUGGCAAAGCUGAAGAUGCUGAUGUCCAGGCAGAAGGCUGAGUAUGAAUCCAAGAUCGCAAGCCUGGAGCAGCAGAACAGGGAGCUGCAAUCGGAGAUUAAGGGCAUGCAUUCAAAACUGGGACAGCAGCGCAAGUGGUACAGUUUUGUGGAGAUGAAAAUGCGAAAUGCAGAGAGAGCAAAGGAAGAUGCCGAGAAAAGAAAUGAAAUGCUCCAGAAAGAGAUGGAAGAGUUUUUUGAAACCUUCGGGGAAAUCAACAGAUGGAAAUGAACAGGGAUGUGCUCAGUUUGAAUUGGAGCUGAGCUGUAGGAGAAAGGCCACCUCCUGAUUUCAGCAGACUCCCCCUUUCCAAAGGCAGUAUAAGAAACCCAACAGCAAAAACUAGGCUGCCAAUUAUAAAGUGAGCAGUUGGUACAAACUCAUUCGGAUCCUGACUCCCUCUGCUCCACCCUGCUGAUUCCAAGGAUCUUUUCUCUUACCACUAGAAAAAUCUUUCAGACACUUCGCACAACCAGCUCCCGAGCCAGCCCAUGUCUUGUACUGGGGAAGGACUCAUCAUAGAUGUUUUUUGUCUAGCCUCAAGCCUUGUAUUCAUGCACUCAAUGCCCAAGUGACUGAGAGGUUUUAAUCAAGGGAUGUUGUGCCUGCUGGAGUGUGUUCUACCAGCCUCCCCAAGGUCCCACAGGUAAUACAUGGGCUAUAAGGGUGCUGAGCUCAUACCUGCAUUCUUAAGUCAGCUGUUUCAGAGAGAAGGACAGAGGAACAAUGGGACACCACAGCUGCAUCUCCCCCUUGCACUUUGAUGUGGUCCUGUGGCCAGGAUGCAGAGCUGUUGUGCCAUUCCUGUGCUCUCACUGAAGGGAUGUUAAUUUAUGGAUGCGAAGGGCUCUUACAAAGCCAUUUGUUCCUCUGGAUUAUAGUUAGCUUCCCUAGGACUCCCAUAGGAACACAUUAGUCUUAAAACUGUGGCUGGCAGGCUCCUUCCUCCCAUCUCCCCAGAGGUACCUUGCUCCACAUGAGAAACAUGUUACCUAUUUUGAUACCAGCAUUAAAGACAUAUAUACAGCUACAUAUUAAUAUAAUAACCACUGUUGGUUUAUGCCACUGCAGAACUUUAACACAAGCAAUUGUACCUGUAUACU